GUUUCCAACCGCACCAAGUACCAUAACACCCUUGAACCUUAAGGUAAUGCCUACCUCCUCGUGGCGAGCGUCUCCGCCACCCGAACCGCCUCUUCCGCGACACUGGCCUGGGGGCAUUCCGAGCACCAUUCGCAACCACGCCACCCACAUUCACAACCAUGGCAGGCUUUUAGACAUCACCAGAGGCUGGUUCCUGUUUGUCUCUGAGCGAUGGAUCUCGCGUAAGGAUGCGGGGGUUGCCGAGCAUGAGGACGUAGAAUAUGAGCUGCGUCAGCGGCGGACGCUCGUCGAACAGUGGGCGGCAGCAAAUCAAUCAUUCCGUGAUGCUUUUCAAGCCCGCGCACCCCGUCCAGCUAGUCCCCGGGAUUACUGCCCCGAAGCACGCAAGGGAGUUGGACGCACCCGCCAACCGCAAAGCCAAUUCCUCUGUCUGGCGGACGUGCAGGCUCACAACGUCCUUAAUCGAGCCCGCUGGGUAAAGCUGCUGAUCCUGUUACAGGAUUUCAAUACCCCGGCCGGCAACGGGUCAAUCUGUCACCAACCCUUGAUCCUAGAUCCCAACCCCACCACAGACACUCAAGCACUGCCCCUUUCUAAGGCAGAUGCACUCCGAUGGUUGUUCCUGGAGACGGCGGAUUUUGAAUGGAUCACUAUGGCCGUGGACGGAACAGUUCUCUUUCUAAAGCGAUCCGACUAUUGGAUAUGGCAUGGCAAGAAGGAAAAGGUUGCUCAGUUGGAGAACUUCUUCAUAGGCAUGCCGGGGGAUUUCCACAAGAGAAUACCGCACAUGAACCUCUCUUUACUCGAGAUCCUGAAUACCGCCUGGGACCAACACCUGAUGCGCGGCUUCUGGCCGGAGGCCAAGACGGAAUUCGCCAAAAAGGUCGACGAGUAUGCCCCGGGGUAUCGCGAGCUGGAGGCUCGCCACUUCGCGGCCUCAGGCCAGUUCGCUGCCUUAGGCAACCAGUUGGCGGACUGA